GGAUAAAGAACAGCACAGGCAGCUCCAAGGAUAGAGACAAAUCUGCAAAGACAGCAGCUGCAAGGUGAACUUCUCUGUUCUGUUGACAAAGUCUAUACAAUAGAAGAUGAAGCUUAUCGUCAUCAUAGCAUAUGCAUCUCUGUUUAUUACUGGAUUAGAAUCGAUUUUUCAUAAACACCACAAAAGACCAAAGAACACUGAAGAAUGCACUUGCUUACAUGGAGGAACUUGUUUACACUAUGGCACCUACAGAAGAUUUCAUAGAUGUGUCUGUCCUGUAGGGUAUACUGGAAAACACUGUGAAAUAGACUUGAUUUCUAAAUGUUACAAGGCCAAUGGCUAUCAAUAUAGAGGCACCGCAUCUAAAACGAGUGUCGAUAUUGAGUGUCUGCAAUGGGAUUCUCCACUACUGAAAAAUUUCCAAGUAAAUGAUCAUAUGAAGGAUGCAUUAAAGCUUGGGAUAGGGAAGCACAAUUACUGCAGGAACCCACACAAUGGAUUAAAACCUUGGUGUUAUUUUAAUGGCCCAAAAGGCAUUGCAAGUAUGUUCUGCAAGCUCCCCAAAUGCGAGGAGAAAGAAAACACAGAACCUACCUGUGGCCGUCGCCAGCACAAAUUAUAUAAAGUAGUAGGCGGAAUGAACAGCCCUGUUGAAUCCCACCCAUGGAUAGCUACACUAUACCAGGUCAAUAGGAGAAACAGAAAAGAGCAGUUCUUCCAGUGUGGUGCCAGUCUUUUUAACCCCCGCUGGGUGCUUACUGCAGCUCACUGCUUUCCAGACAGUGAGUUUCCUGAGCCAAAGGACUAUAUAAUUAUUCUAGGAAAAUCUCAUCUUGAUGAAGAAAAUGAGUACAGGGAGCAGAGAUUUCUGGUGGAGAGAAUAAUCCGUCAUCAGGACUACAGUGAGAAGACAGGCGCAUUGAACAAUGAUAUUGCAUUGGUGAAGAUUCGUUCAGAGUCAGGACAAUGUGCUUCCAUGUCUGACUAUGUGCAAACCAUAUGCCUGCCAUCAAAUGAUCUGAAUUUUAGAGAUGGUGCUCACUGUGAGAUUGCUGGGUUUGGAAAAGAGGCUUAUGAUAGCCAUAGAUUCUCUGAAACUCUCAAGUCCACAUCAGUUCAGCUCAUAUCACAGGACAUGUGCCAAUCACCUGAUUACUAUGGGAAAUUAAUCAAUAACAACAUGCUCUGUGCUGGAGACCCCAACUGGAAGGUUGAUGCUUGCAAGGGUGACUCUGGUGGCCCUCUUGUGUGUCAGCACAGUGGAAAAAUGGUGUUGUAUGGCAUAAUAAGCUGGGGGGAAGAGUGUGCCAAGAAGAACAGGCCUGGCGUGUACACUCGAGUGACAAACUACGUGCAGUGGAUACAGGACAACAUGGCUGAAGCUAACAAUGUGAGAGAUAAUGCUAUCCCUAUCCCUAAAUAACCAGCCAGCUCUGUUAACUUGGAAUAUACAUAAGAAAGCAAACAAAGAAGGGGAGCGUAAGUUCAGUUUGUAUGACCGAUGUGCAGUUACCAACUGUGCAAGCAUUUGUAAAGUAGCAACAGUUUAUUUAUUAGUCAUGAAGGAUUAGUGUAUAUUUUGUACUUUCAUCAGAUUGUUUAGAACAGGGGUCAGCAACCUUCCACACUCCAGCUGCUGUAAAAUUACAACUCCCAGCAUGCUGUAUUCACUUCUAUAGUAGCAGUCGAGCAACUGUGCAUGUUGGGAAAUGUAGUUUCACACUCUUGGUUUAGAAGUAGUACAAGAGCUUAUAGACCUUACUAGCCAACAUCUGAGCUGUCAGGUAUGGUGCUCAGUCAUAUGUUUUACUAAGGUUCCGGAUUUGUCAUUCUCUUAGCUCUGAAGGCCUACAAACACACCAUUUUCUGUGGUUGCCAUAUUUAUGUUUAUAUACUUCCAGCUUUAUCACAGGGUAUACAGACAAAGGGAGACAUGAAUCUGAACAACUUUUAACAAGAAAGUUGAGCAUUUAUCCUGUAUGCUUCCCAUUACAUAAAUUGCCUUAUAUGACCUUAUAGCCUUAUUGCCUUAUAGUACCAUGGUUCCUCAGGUACGGUUAAUAUAUAAACAGCGACUUUAGGGUUUAUUUCAAUCUUCCAAUAACCUAAAUUAGGUUUAUGUAACUUCCUAAAUGUUAUACAUAAUGAUUGUGAAAACA